CCACGAUGGGUAAGAAGUGACAGUUUAUAAACAGAGAGCACCUUUCAUUUAAACGUAAUUUUACCAUAAACUAGACAUAUUUAAAGAACGUAAUCUGCAAAGCAAAUACUUUCAAUUGAGAUAAUCCCCAAAAUAAGACGCCAUCGAGUUCCUUUGUAAAGAACUUCAAAGAGUUGCGUGAACACGCAGAAUAGAGAUGAGGCUUCUGUGUGUAGUUCUGCUGGUCACCGGCAGUGUGUUUGCCGAUGAUGACGACAAGAGGGAAAGCGUUGGGACCGUGAUUGGAAUCGACUUGGGGACCACCUAUUCCUGUGUUGGUGUGUUCAAGAAUGGCCGUGUUGAGAUCAUUGCAAACGACCAGGGAAACCGCAUCACCCCAUCGUAUGUGGCCUUCACCGCUGAGGGGGAGCGUCUGAUCGGUGACGCAGCCAAGAACCAGCUCACCUCCAACCCCGAGAACACCGUCUUUGACGCAAAGAGACUGAUUGGCCGCGCCUGGACCGAUUCCGCUGUGCAGCAUGACAUCAAGUACUUCCCCUUCAAGGUUAUCGAGAAGAAGAGCAAGCCCCAUAUUCAGGUGGACAUUGGUGGUGGUCAGCUGAAGACCUUUGCUCCAGAGGAGAUCUCUGCUAUGGUUCUCACCAAGAUGAAGGAAACUGCUGAGGCUUACCUGGGAAAGAAGGUCACGCAUGCUGUGGUCACUGUACCCGCCUACUUCAAUGAUGCCCAGCGUCAGGCCACCAAGGAUGCUGGACUCAUCGCUGGCCUAAAAGUCAUGAGGAUCAUCAACGAGCCAACCGCAGCAGCUAUUGCCUAUGGCCUGGACAAGAAGGACGGUGAGAAGAACAUCCUGGUGUUCGACCUGGGCGGUGGUACCUUUGACGUGUCUCUCCUGACCAUCGACAACGGUGUGUUUGAGGGUGGCACCAAUGGCGACACCCACCUGGGAGGAGAGGACUUUGACCAGCGCGUCAUGGAGCACUUCAUCAAGCUGUACAAGAAGAAGACCGGCAAGGAUGUGCGCAAGGAUAACCGUGCUGUGCAGAAGCUGCGUCGUGAGGUGGAGAAGGCCAAGAGAGGCCUGUCUGCCCAGCACCAGGCCCGCAUUGAGAUCGAGUCCUUCUUCGAUGGAGAGGACUUCUCAGAGACCCUGACCCGUGCUAAGUUUGAGGAGCUCAACAUGGACCUGUUCCGUUCCACCAUGAAGCCUGUGCAGAAGGUGAUGGAGGACUCUGACCUGAAGAAGACCGACAUUGACGAGAUUGUCCUGGUGGGCGGCUCCACUCGUAUCCCCAAGGUCCAGCAGCUGGUGAAGGAGUUUUUCAAUGGCAAGGAGCCCUCCAGGGGCAUCAACCCUGACGAGGCUGUGGCCUACGGCUCUGCUGUGCAGGCUGGAGUGCUGUCUGGAGAGGAGGACACAAGUGACAUUGUUCUUCUGGAUGUGUGCCCCCUGACCCUGGGUAUUGAGACUGUGGGAGGAGUCAUGACCAAGCUGAUCCCCAGAAACACUGUGGUGCCAACCAAGAAGUCCCAGAUCUUCUCCACUGCCUCUGACAACCAGCCCACCGUCACUAUCAAAGUUUACGAGGGUGAACGUCCCCUGACCAAAGACAACCACCUGCUGGGUACCUUCGACCUGACUGGUAUCCCCCCCGCACCCCGGGGUGUGCCCCAGAUCGAGGUCACCUUCGAGAUUGACGUCAAUGGUAUCUUGCGCGUCACAGCCGAGGACAAGGGAACGGGCAACAAGAACAAGAUCACCAUCACCAACGACCAGAAUCGUCUGACGCCUGAGGACAUUGAGCGGAUGGUCAACGAUGCAGAGCGCUUUGCCGAUGAGGACAAGAAGUUGAAGGAGCGCAUUGAUGCCCGCAAUGAGCUUGAAAGCUAUGCCUACUCGCUCAAGAAUCAGGUCGGUGACAAGGAGAAGCUGGGAGGCAAGCUCUCUCCCGAGGACAAGGAAGCCAUAGAGAAAGCAGUAGAGGAGAAGAUUGAGUGGAUGGAGUCUCACCAAGAUGCUGAGUUGGAGGACUUCCAGGCCAAGAAGAAGGAGCUGGAAGAGGUGGCACAGCCCAUCAUCAGCAAGCUUUACGGAAGUGCAGGCGGUCCCCCUACUGAGGGAGAGGCAGAGGGAGAUCAGGAUCAAAAGGAUGAGUUGUAAGGAUGUCUUGAGGGUCUCCACAGCCUACAUGAGCAACUCUCUGCUUUCUGUUCUAUUGCCCCUCGCCUCUCUGGUAGUGGCACAGAUGUACAUAUUGGACUCAUUGGACUUAAAUGGUGAGAGGAAAUGCAACCAUGAUGAAUCUGCUGGAAAGACUUCUGAAAUAUUGUUUAGAAGUGAGAUGUUCACUUCGCUGUGUGGCGGAGGUAUAGUCAGCCUGGAUUCGAGGCUCGCUGCUGUUCUCAGGCAGUUUGACAAUGGGUUCUCCAGGGGAAGGGGUUGGGCGGUUCUGGGUGACAGGGUAACUGACAUGUUCCCAAGCAAUGUUUACAAGUUAUUUAUUGAAUCUGGUCGUUGUAGAAAAUCCUUUCUACUGUUAAGACAGUGAAAUAAUAAAUGUUUGAUACAAAUGUC